UGUCCAGUUGCCGCCGGUUAUUUCUGCGCAGCUGAUCCCCUCCCUUCACAAUCUCCAACUGCUCCACACUCAGUGGAGAGGAGUGUGUGGAGGAAUCAGACCCCAAAUAUAGCCCAGGGUGUUGGUUGGGUGGGUGGGCUGACUGCAGACCCCAGCAGGGUCCAAAGGGAGUCAUGUGCACAACCUUGUCCUCACAUAACACAGACAGAGGGACAGGAGAGGAUCCAUAAACCCAGCUGGAGCACAGUGGAUGUACUGGAAGGAGUUUGCUUGCUGUAGUUGGAGGGGAAAGUUGCUGGCCUAUCUCGGACCAUGAAGCUUAACGUGGCGUUGUUUUUUGCGGGGCUCUUCGGGGCGUUAGCAGCUGUGUUCACCCUCCUCUCGUUUGGGACAGAUUACUGGCUGAUGGCUUCAGAGAGCUGCCACCCAAACCCUGGAGAUGUUGGUGGUGUGACAGUCGAGCGUGGCGAUGUGGUGGUGCAGGAAGGCGCUCCUGACGUCACUCUGUACCAUGAAGGGUUUUUCUGGAAGUGUUCGUUUGGAGGCAGCGCUGGAGAUGAAGACCUGAUGUGGAAGCUCUGGUUCACAAACCAGCCUCACUCCAAAGUGUGCACGCACGCCUACCUCUUCCCAUUCCCCGUGUCUCAACAUUCCCACAAUGCAACAGAGUAUGACUCGGCCAUCAUCUACAGAGGUUUCUGGAGUAUCUUCAUGCUGAUCGGAGUGGCCGCUGUGUUGCUCGGGGGUCUCUUCAUCAUCUGUGCGGCUCCGUUCGCCAGCCACCGUUUAUAUAAAGCAGGCGGGAGCCUCUUCCUGGCAUCAGGCCUGUUCCUGCUGUGUGUGGUGGUGAUGUACGUGCUGUGGGUGCAGGUGUUGGACGUGGUGGAGCUCUACAUCGAGCACCAGCGCUCCACAGUGUGUGCAGACUUCCAGCUGUCCCUCCACUACGGGCUGUCCUUCAUGUUCGCUCCCGUCGGCAUCUUCUUCUGCUUCCUGGCCGGCCUCCUCUUCCUCCUCAUCGGCCGAACCAUCCAGAUCCACUGCAACUGAAUUCCCCCAGCAGCAGGUUGGAUGAUGGGACUCUUUGUUUUACCACCAGACCUGACAUUUUCCCCACUGUGUCUGCUAUGUAAAUAAAGACUAUUUAUAUGGAAGCUCUGGGUAUAAAUGAUCUGACAGGAUAAGCAUUUUGCAACCCAAAAAUGGUGCCUUCAUCACUCCAGCCUGGGAUGUUUUCAUUUGAGCUGCAUAACAUUCAGUUAUAUGGUAUUCUCAACCAGCCUGAUCACAUAUUACAAUACAUUUAAUAUAGCAGAUAAUAUAUUACCCAAAGUUAUUUACAUUCAGUGCAUUCAGACAUGAAGAUAUAUCCUCAAACAGAAGGUGGAAAAAAAGUUGUGAGGGUUUUGAGUGGAUGCUAAUGACAUGUAUCAGGGAGAAUAUGAACACACGCCAUUAUAUACAGUAUAUAAUGCUUUGUAUAGUGUUUAAAUACAGAUAAUUACAUACAAGCGCACAGCUAAAAGUCUCAGGCUUCAACAAUGAAAGUACAAUAUACUCAACAAAAAAAGUAAAAUCAUAACAUGAUAUAGAUAGACAAAAUGGUUCAAGAAACUUGCAGGUAUACAGAAAAAUAUACACAAAUAGGAUAAAUACACAACAGCGGAACAGUGCAUAGAAAACUCAGCAUACACUUGAAGCCUAUUGUAUGUAAUAAAAAACAUCUCGUGAUUGUUUUCGUAUCCAUAUUAACAGUUUCAAAGUGCUGUACAGAUCAUAAAGCCUGUGGAGAAAUGUGAGCUUUGUGAUAUUGGGCUUUUGUCAAUAAAUAGAUUUGACUAGAUUUGAACAACAGCAGGUUCAUUGAUAGAUACGGAGCUCAUGGAACAGAGACAUAUCACACGUGUUAGUAGCAUCAGUGUGUUGUUGGUUUUGGUCUUUUUUUGACAAUGAGAACAAUGCAAUCUGACUUUUGUAAUAUCAUAAAAUAUUAUAUUUCACUGAGUGUAACAUGCUUUAUCUGCAACACUAUUUAACUAUGUACAUAUCCUGAAACGCUGUUAUUUGUUUUGAGUUUCUUGGUCCCAGCACAGUUUAUUCUGUUUCUAAAUCGAGCUUGAAGCGUGAUUGACUUUCUACGUUUAUUUAACUAUUUCCUGUUUAUGUUGUUGAGUUUCUGUCGUCUUGUUUUUUUGUGUGUUGACACAACAUCAUAUCUGUCCAAAUUAAUGUUUUUUUUCUCCUGUUAUCUGUUUGCUAAUAAAAAGAAGAGUUAAAGCUA